AUGGGCGUGGACCAUUAUGUGCUCUAUGAUGUGGGCGGCGUGGACCUACAGCUGCGCUCUGUGCUGCAGCCGUUUCUGGAUGGAGGGAUCGUGGAAGUGACUGAUUUCCGUGAUGUGGUGAACUAUGAGUCAUGGUACUAUGGACAGGUCAUGAUAGUGAACGACUGUGUGUAUCGCUUCCGGCGCCUCUCCAAGUGGCUCAUGUACCUUGACUUUGACGAGUUUAUUUUCAUUGACGGCCAGGAGCGAGUACCCAACCCUAUGAACGUGCAUGAAUUCCUCGCCCCACACGAAGGCCUGCCCUAUGUGAGCCACGGGUGCCUGUGGUGGGACCACGAGCGCUGCCUGCCUGCCCAGGGCGAUAACGACCCCGGGUGGCCGUUGGAGCGCAUGCUGUGGCACUGGCCGUUCAUCUACUGCCAGGCCAAGGACAACACCACCAACCCUAAGCUGUGCCUCGAUCACUGGGGCCACCGCAAGCUGUUUGUCGAUCCCAGGAAGGUGCGAGUGGUGGAGAAUCAUGUGGUAACAGACCCCGUAGGGGGAGGCAAGGACCUGCCCACAGACGCACUCAGGCAUCACCACUUCCGUGGCAUAAUAAAGAAUGGAGCGAGCGAGUGCAGUAUAAGCAUGAAGGCGGACGAUCCCAUUGAAUGGUGGGCACAUGGGACCGAGGAGGCGGGCAGAAUGCACUAUGUGCGAACACACCCUCUCGAUAUUCCAUCGCUUGUUGCUGCACACAAGUGGUGGAAAGACUACGUGCUGAGGACACAGCGUGGCCAGUGCUCCCUCCCUCCCUUCAACUCUCAUCUUCUCAACCAUUCACCACCUUCUUCCCCUCUCUCUCCCCGUUGCUCAAUCCCACUCACUCAUUCAACGCCACGAGGUGCUCCCUCCCUCCCUUCAACUCUCAUCUUCUCAACCAUUCAACACCUUCUCCCCCUCUCUCUCCCCGUCGCUCAAUCCCAUUCACUCAUUCAACGCCACGAGGUGCUCCCUCCCUCCCUUCAACUCUCAUCUUCUCAACCAUUCAACACCUUCUCCCCCUCUCUCUCCCCGUUGCUCAAUCCCACUCACUCAUUCAACGCCACGAGGUGCUCCCUCCCUCCCUUCUACUCUCAUCUUCUCAACCAUUCAACACCUUCUCCCCCUCUCUCUCCCCGUUGCUCAAUCCCACUCACUCAUUCAACGCCACGAGGUGCUCCCUCCCUCCCUUCUACUCUCAUCUUCUCAACCAUUCAACACCUUCUCCCCCUCUCUCCCCCCGUUGCUCAAUCCCACUCACUCAUUCAACGCCACGAGGUGCUCCCUCCCUCCCUUCAACUCUCAUCUUCUCAACCAUUCAACACCUUCUCCCCCUCUCUCUCCCCGUUGCUCAAUCCCACUCACUCAUUCAACGCCACGAGGUGCUCCCUCCCUCCCUUCUACUCUCAUCUUCUCAACCAUUCAACACCUUCUCCCCCUCUCUCUCCCCGUUGCUCAAUCCCACUCACUCAUUCAACGCCACGAGGUGCUCCCUCCCUCCCUUCAACUCUAAUCUUCUCAACCAUUCAACACCUUCUCCCCCUCUCUCUCCCCGUUGCUCAAUCCCACUCACUCAUUCAACGCCACGAGGUGCUCCCUCCCUCCCUUCAACUCUCAUCUUCUCAACCAUUCAACACCUUCUCCCCCUCUCUCUCCCCGUUGCUCAAUCCCACUCACUCAUUCAACGCCACGAGGUGCUCCCUCCCUCCCUUCAACUCUCAUCUUCUCAACCAUUCAACACCUUCUUCCCCUCUCUCUCCCCGUUGCUCAAUCCCACUCACUCAUUCAACGCCACGAGGUGCUCCCUCCCUCCCUUCAACUCUCAUCUUCUCAACCAUUCAACACCUUCUCCCCCUCUCUCUCCCCGUUGCUCAAUCCCACUCACUCAUUCAACGCCACGAGGUGCUCCCUCCCUCCCUUCAACUCUCAUCUUCUCAACCAUUCAACACCUUCUCCCCCUCUCUCUCCCCGUCGCUCACUCUCUCUCGACCAUUCAACGCCACGAGGUGCUCCCUCCCUCCCUUCUACUCUCUUCUUCUCAACCAUUCACCACGAAAUGCUCCCUCUCUCUCUUCGACGCUCUCUCUCAACCAUUUUACACCGCAAGGCGACCAGUUUGCUGUUGUGGGUCUGGCUGCACGUGCUAUGGAUGAAGUGAGAAGGGUGGGCGAUUGCGUGUGGGAGCCACAUGCGCCCCUGGGUCUAGUCCAAGCAGGCCCAACAGGCCAAUCAGAGAACCUUGACCAAGCAGGCCCAGCACAAAAUAAUGGCCAAGCAGGCCAAAGAGUAGGCCAAGCAAGUCAAGAAGGUCAAGCUGGGAAUUUCGGUCAAGCAAGUCAAGCAAGUCAAUCAGGGGAUUUCGGUCAAGCAGGUCAAGCAAGCCAAGUAGGGAACUUCGGUCAAGCAGGUCAGCCAGGACCAGCAAGGAAUUUUGGUGAAGCAGUUCAAGCAGGCCCAGCAGGGAAUCUCGGUCAAGCAGAGGGUUUUGGCCAAGUGAAUGAGCAAAGAGGUGCUGCUUUACAGGGAAGGAUGAGGAGGCUGAUGGAGGAGAGUGUGGGAGGAGCAUGGGGGCAGACACGCAGAGUAGGAGCAAGGAAGACUGGGAUGGGUUCAUUACUGACGGUGGGGGAGAGGAGGGAGGAGAGGAGGGAGGAGGGGAUGAAGGAAAGGGGCGCGGAAGGGAGGGAAGUGGGGAAGGAAGAGGGGAAGGAGGCGAGGAGGUUGGAAGAGGUGGGGGUGGAUGGGAGGGAGUGGAUACGUGGCAGUGUGGAGGAGAUCCAUGUGGGGGAACAUCAUUCGAUGAAAUACGCCGUGCUCGUCCUGAUCUGCACUCUCAAGAGGGAAACACCUACAGGGGAGGGAGGCAGGGUGCACAUGGGCAUGGAGGGGGAGGACGUGGUGGUGUAUGAGGAGCAACCGGGGGAGGUGGUAACUGCCAUGACGCAUGCCCCCUUCCUCUACAACAUCACGCACUGCUCCCCUCCCAUCCACGGUCAGGUCAUCUCGAAGCGCAUCUACCAGUGGAUGGAUCUGCACAUCCGCAUGGGGGUGGACCACUUCUCCCUCUACGAUGUGGGCGGGGUGAACCCGCUACUGCGAGCCCUGAUUGCGCCGUUACUGGAUGGAGGGAUAGCGGAGAUCACGGAUUUUCGUGACUUGCUGAACUACGAGUCAUGGUAUCACGGCCAGGUGAUGAUAGUGAACGAGUGUGUGUAUCGCUUCCGCCGCCUCUCUAAGUGGAUCAUGUACCUUGACUUUGACGAGUUCAUGUUCAUCAAUGGCCAGGAGCGCAUGCCCACGCCGCUCAGCGUGCACCACUUCCUCAUGCCCUACGAAGGAAUGCCCUACGUCACCCACGGCAGCCUCUGGUGGGACCUGGACCGCUGCCUGCCCUCCCAAGGCCCUGACGACCCCAGGUGGCCACUGGAGCGCAUGCUAUGGCACGGGCCAGGGGUCUUCUGCAAGGCCAGGGACAACCACACCAAGCCCACCAUGUGCCUGGACCACUAUGGCCACCGCAAACUGUUUGUGGACCCCCGACGGGGCAUAAUCAGGCAGGGCAUCAAGGAAUGCACGCUGAUAAUGAAGGAGCAUGACAACAUAACCUGGUGGUCAUGGGGAAGAGAGGAGGUAGACAGAAUGCAAUACGUGCGCACCCACCCCCUCGACAUGCAAUACCUCGUUGUGGCACACAGGUGGUGGCGAGAGUAUGCGCAGAUGACACACCAAGGCCAGUACUGA